CCUGAAGUCAGGAGUUUGAGUCUGACCCGGUGGUUCCGGUGGUUCUGGUGGUUCCGCUCGGGUCAGUCCCAACAUGGGUCCGCAGCUCGUCCUUUUCUCGGUUUUCACCGUUUUAACGGAGGCGGCCGUGUCUCCGCCCGCGGACACCCGGCAGCACGAGUUCGACCGUCUCCGCUCCAUGUUGGACGACUUUGACGUCCUUCCUUUCUCCGGCCUCCAGACUCACUCGGUCCGCCGCCGGGACGUCCAGAGCCACGUGGAGAAGCUGCUGAGCUUCACGGCGCUGCAGAGAACGUUCCGGCUCUACCUGAGGACCAACGCCGAGAUCUUCACCGAGGACUUCAGAGCCGUCGUGGAGGACGAGGACGGCCGGGAGCGGACCUUCCCCGUCAACAGACACAGUUUCUUCACCGGGCACGUCGUCGGGGAGGAAAACUCUCGAGUUCAGGCUCACGUAGACGACAACGAGUUCUCCGCUCGCAUCCUGACCGAGGAGGCGGAGUACAACGUCGAGCCUCUGUGGAGGUUCACGGCGGCGCCCCCUGAUGGUCGACUCCUGAUCUACCGCUCAGAGGACAUCAGGAACGUCAGCCGGCUGCAGCGACCCUCCGUCUGCGGCUACGUGGCCCCCGAGUCCUCCCACCUCCUCCCGUCCAGCGUCAGAGCCGCCAUGUUGGAUCUUCACGAUGAAGAAGAGCCGGCGCCGAGACGGAAGCGUCAGAUGUUCGACCACGAGAAGAACACGUGCUCCCUGCUGCUGGUGGCCGACCAUCGUUUCUUCACUCACAUGGGCCGAGGCGAGGAGAACACCACCCUCAACUACCUGAUCGAGCUGAUCGACCGCGUGGACGACAUCUACAGGAACACGUCGUGGGACGACGAGUUCAGCGGGUACGGGGUCCAGAUCCAGCAGAUCCUCAUAAAGAACCGACCCACUCCGGUUCCUCCUGGAGGAAGUCACUUCAACAUGAGGGGGAGUCCCGUGGACGGGAAAGACGUGUGGGACGUGAAGAAGCUGCUGGAGCAGUUCAGCGUGGACAUCGCAGAGAAGGCGUCCAACGUCUGCCUGGCUCACCUCUUCACCUACCAGGACUUCGAUGAGGGCACUCUGGGUCUGGCCUACGUGGCGCCGGCCAAACCGGACUUUCCCGGAGGUCUCUGCUCCAAAGCGUGUCCUUCGACUGCGAACAAACAGGGAGUCAUUUAUCUGAACACGGGCCUGACCAGCACCAAGAACUACGGGAAGACCAUCCUGACCAAGGAAGCCGACCUGGUGACGACCCACGAGCUCGGCCACAACUUCGGAGCGGAGCACGACCCGGACAACGUGAUGUACUGCGCCCCGCGGGAGGACCAUGGCGGCAAAUACGUCAUGUACCCCAUCGCCGUGAGCGGAGACCACGUCAACAACAAGCUCUUCUCCACCUGCAGUAAGCGCUCCAUCGUGAAGCGGCUGCGCUCCAAGGCGGCGUCCUGCUUCAGGGAGAGGAACGUGAACGUCUGCGGGAACUCGCGGGUGGAGCAGGGCGAGGAGUGCGACCCGGGUCUGCUGCAGAUCAACUCGGACAAAUGCUGCGCCGCGGACUGCAGGCUGAAGGCCGGGGCUCAGUGCAGCGACAGGAACAGCGCCUGCUGCAAGGACUGCAGCUUCCAGAGCAGAGGGGAGGUCUGCCAGGAGCCCAUGGACGCCACCUGCAAGGGCCACUCCCACUGCACAGGAAACAGCAGCGAGUGUCCUCCUCCAGAGAACGCUCCAGAUAAAACUGUGUGUUUGGACAACGGCGAGUGUCUGAAGGGGGAGUGCAUCCCGUUCUGUCAGGCCGUCCUGAAGCUGGAGCCCUGCGCCUGCAACGAAACGAACUCGUCCUGUAAGGUCUGUUGUCGGAACAGCUCCGGUGUCUGCGCCCCCUACCAGGACUCAACCGGAGACUUCCUGUACCUGCGGAAAGGCAAACCCUGCACCGUGGGCUUCUGUGACGGAGCGGGGAAGUGCAUGAAGCAGGUGCAGGACGUGGUGGAGCGUCUGUGGGACUUCAUCGACAAACUUGACAUCAACACGUUCAGGAAGUUCCUGGCUGACAACAUCGUGGGCUCGGUGGUGGCGUUCUCCCUCCUCUUCUGGGUUCCUUUCAGCAUCCUGGUCCACUGUGUGGACAAGAAGAUGGACAGACAAUAUGAGCAGACCACCAAGUCUUUGUUCUUCCCUAGU